AUGUGGGACGCGAACAUCGGACCCGGCUGCGCCGACUCGCCCGGCGUCUCGCACCUCCCGCGCAUCUCGCCGCUCCUCUGGGUCGGCAACGAGAUCGCGCCGUCGGUCGGCAGCUUCGACGUCGUGGUCUCGACCGUUCCGCCGCGAAGUUGCAGGACGGGCGCGAGGCAGCCCGAGCUGACGACUCACGCUAUCAUGUUUGCCGACGGCCAGGGCAGCGAGACUGCGGCGGGCGUCGCCUUUGCGAAGCGGUGCAUCCUCGAGGGCGCCGAGUGCGUAGCGGCUGCUGUGGCCGCGGGCAAGUCCGUCCUCGUCCACUGCGCGUGGGGCCAGAACCGCUCCUGCGCGAUCUGCUGCGCUUUUGCCGUCUUGCACAGGAGUAUGUCGGCUAACGAGGCUAUCGACUACGUCCGCGAGCGAAACAUCGCCGAGCGAUCAUACGCCGGUCAGCAGCCGCCGGGCGGCGCGAUGCACAACCGGGUCUUCCGAGAGAUCAUUCGCGAGUUGGAGAGAGAGCGCGACGCCGAGGCGGAGGAGACGGCGGAGACUGCGGAGGAGGCGGCGGCGCGGGAAGCGGCCGCCGGCACCAGGCAUGGCACAUAG